AUGCUCCCUCCCAAGCGUCAACACACGCGAUGGGAGGACCCUAAAGUGUGCCUCACGAUCACCGUCUUAGGGUGCAGCGGCGACCUCGCGAAGAAGAAGACGUACCCCGCGUUGUUCGCGCUGUUCACGCACGGGCACCUCCCGCCGUCUACGAUCGUCCUCGGGUACGCGCGCUCGAAGAUGGACGACGAUAGCCUGCGAUCCCGCGUCCGCGACUUCCUCAAGGGCACCCCGGAGAUGAUCGAGAAGUUCCUGGGCGCGUGCUUCUACGAGGCUGGGCAGUACGACGACGCGAGCGCGACCGGGCCGGUGUUCGGCGGGCUCGCGUCGCGCUUGCGAGAUUUCGAGCGCGAGCGAUGCGGCGACGACGGCGUCGGGCACCGGAUCUUCUACCUCGCGCUCCCUCCCAGCGUGUACCCGCCCGUGUGCGCGAACAUCAAAGCCUCGUGCGCGACGACCGAGCCCGCGUGGACGCGCGUCAUCGUCGAGAAGCCGUUCGGACGCGAUCUGGAGUCGAGCGAGAAGCUCUCCUCCGAGAUCGCGACGCUGUUCCACGAGUCGCAGCUGUACCGCAUCGACCACUACCUCGGGAAGGAGCUCACGCAGAACCUCGUCGUGAUGCGCUUCAAGAACCGCUUCUUAGCGCCGCUGUGGAACCGAGACAACAUCGCGAGCGUGCAGAUCGUCUUCAAAGAGCCGUUCGGGACGCAAGGAAGAGGCGGAUACUUCGACGAGUACGGCAUCAUUCGCGACAUCAUCCAAAACCACCUCCUGCAGCUGUUGUGUCUCGUCGCGAUGGAGAAGCCGUGCUCGCUGUCGCCGGAGGACAUCCGAGACGAAAAGUUGAAAGUGCUUCGGUGCAUGGAGCCCGUGAGCACGUCCGACGUCGCGCUCGGGCAGUACGGCGCGAGCGGGGACGAGGCGGCGGCGAACAAGCCGGGAUAUCUGGACGACCCCACCGUGCCGGCUGGGAGUAAAGCGCCGACGUUCGCGAUGUGCGUGAUGCGGAUAAACAACGAGCGGUGGGACGGCGUGCCGUUCAUCGUCGAGGCGGGGAAGGCGCUGGACGAGCACAAGUGCGAGAUCAGGGUGCAGCUGAAGGACGUCCCCGGGGAUCUGUUCUCGACGGAACGCGCCGCGGGGAGACAAGCGCGGAACGAGUUCGUCGUCCGGUUGCAGCCGGACCCGGCGAUAUACAUGCUCAUGACGGUGAAAGAGCCCGGGCUCGGGGUCGAGCUCGCGCAGAGCGAGCUCGAGCUGCUGUACACGCGCAAGUACGACGGGACGUACAUACCCGAGGCGUACGAGCGUCUCAUCUUGGACUGCGUGAACGGCGACCAGCAGCACUUCGUGCGGAGGGACGAGCUCGCCGCCGCGUGGAGCGUGUUCACGCCGCUGCUGAAGUACAUCGACGCGGGGGGGUUAGCCCCGGAGGUGUACCCGUACGGGUGCGACGGGCCGUCGAACGCGAGGACGUUGCGGGAGCGCGCGGGGUACGUCCAGGCGAGGAGGAAGUAG